CAUGAAUAUUCAAAGUAUCAAUGUCAACAAAUCAUCUGAUGACAUCAGAUCAGAUCCCGUAAAAGCAGGCAAGCAGCCCAACAAAGGUAGUGACAUUUCUUUCUGCCAUCAGUCAAGUCAAAUUGAUCUCAUCCUCCCACCAGCCCACAUCUUUGGAGCAUACUUUCUCUUCUUCUCCUCCUCCUUCUUCAAAUCCAAAUCCAACAACCUCAAUUUUCUUACAUCCUCGUACCUCAAACCUUAACAAACACAAAAUAAACACUCACCGUCACCAUGUCUUGGUUAAGAAACCUCUCAAAAUGUUACUUCUCCACCACGAAACCCCUUCUUAAACCCACCAUCACAGACCCUUUUCACCGCUUCCCAUCUCUCACUCUUCUCUCUCGUUUCUCAACCUCAACCAUCCCUGAACCCGGUUCAACUUCUCCGGUUCGCUAUGCGGGUCUCGGACCCACCAAACCAAACGAGAAACCACGAGUGGUGGUUCUUGGAACUGGUUGGGCUGGGUGUAGAUUCAUGAAAGGACUGGACCCACAAAUCUAUGAUAUAGUUUGUGUUUCACCUCGUAAUCACAUGGUUUUCACUCCUCUUUUGGCUUCUACUUGUGUUGGAACUCUUGAGUUUAGAUCUGUUGCUGAGCCUGUUGCUAGGAUUCAACCUGCUAUUUCUAAUGAACCUGGUUCCUUUUUCUUUCUUGCUAAUUGUACUGGUAUCAAUGCUGAUAUACAUGAGGUGCAAUGUGAGACUGUAACUGAAGGAACACAGACACUAGAUCCUUGGAAGUUUACAAUCUCCUAUGAUAAGCUAGUAAUUGCAUUGGGAGCACAGCCAACCACCUUUGGAAUUCAUGGAGUUCAUGAACAUGCAAUAUUUCUUCGUGAAGUUUACCAUGCACAAGAAAUUCGUCGGAAGUUGCUCCUGAAUUUGAUGAUGUCUGAAGUUCCAGGGAUUGAGGAAGAGGAAAAGAAAAGGCUGUUACACUGUGUGGUUGUGGGAGGUGGUCCUACUGGAGUUGAGUUUAGCGGUGAACUUAGUGAUUUUAUUAUGAGAGAUGUUCGUCAAAGAUAUGCUCAUGUGAAGGACUAUAUCCAUGUUACUUUGAUUGAGGCCAAUGAGAUAUUGUCUUCCUUUGAUGACCGACUCAGGCACUACGCCACCAACCAGUUGACAAAGUCAGGAGUGCGACUUGUUCGUGGCAUUGUGAAAGAUGUCGAAGAAAAGAAGAUUAUACUUAAUGAUGGUACUGAGGUUCCGUAUGGGUUGCUGGUUUGGUCUACUGGAGUUGGUCCAUCACCUUUUAUCCAAUCCUUGGAUCUCCCUAAAUCUCCUGGUGGAAGGAUUGGCAUUGAUGAAUGGCUUCGUGUUCCUUCGGUACAAGAUAUCUUCUCAAUAGGUGACUGCAGUGGAUUUGUUGAAAGUACCGGAAAACCAACACUUCCAGCUCUAGCCCAAGUGGCAGAGAGGCAAGGUAAAUACUUAGCAAUCUUGUUAAACAAAGUAGGUAAAGCCAAUGGAGGCCGCGCAAACAGCAUGAACGACAUGGACCUGGGGAAUCAGUUUGUUUACAAGCACCUUGGAAGCAUGGCUACUGUUGGCAGUUACAAGGCUCUAGUGGACCUUAGACAGAACAAGGAAGCAAAAGGAUUGUCUCUAGCAGGUUUUGUCAGUUGGUUUGUUUGGCGCUCGGCAUAUCUAACUCGUGUCAUUAGCUGGAGGAACAGAUUCUAUGUAGCGAUUAAUUGGGCUACAACUUUUGUUUUUGGUCGUGAUAUAAGCAGAAUAUAAAAGUUUUUAAGGUUGAUAUUAAAGGAAUAAGUAAUGAAUUUCAGUUAGCUGAACAAUAUGCUUGUUCAAUUUGGUAGAAGAUGGUGGCAAUUGAAAGGAGAUUACACAAAAAAUGGCUUGAAGGGGAAGGCAAUAAAAUAUGGCAGUGUUUGGUCUAUAAUAAUCAAUAGUGUAUACACGCCAUGAUUCAAUUUUAGGCAUCAUGUAUAUUAGUUACUAUCACAACAACAAACCAAUUUUCAUGUUUACAUAAAUUAUUCACCAUCAAGCAAAAAUAAUAAUAAAUUGUUUCACCAUUUGUGUUAAAA